UCGAAUUACCCCAUCUGUUCCCACACGCCGUCCCUCCUCCUCUCAUCCCUCUCCUCGUCUUGUGUCGUCUUCAUCAUGGUCAAUUGGAAGUUUUCAUCUCUGCUCUUGCUUUCUCUCCGAGCUCUCGGCACCUAUGCUGAGCCCGCGGCUGAGAAGGUGCAACAAGCAGUAGACGAGCCGCAGACGCCCAACCUCAAUGUCGCCGUUUCCGUCUCUUUCCCUCAGUCUGAGAUCUUCGGCGUCAAGCUCGUCAACGGCCAGGCCACCCAGGCGCGUCUGUCCGUGGUCAACAAUGAGCCAACUCCCAUCGGCGUCACCAUUGUCGGCGGCUCGUUGAUCCAGGAGAUUAAGGGAGAAUCUCAGAUUCUUCGCAACCUCACCCGCCAGCGCUACUCCAUUCAGAUCCCCGCUGGCGCCAACGAGACGGUCCCCUACAGCUUCACGACAGAGAUGCACCCCCAGAAUCUCCGCCUGCAGCUCGUAACUGUGCUGAAGGACAGCAAGAACAACCUCAUCACCGUCCCGGUCUACAACGAGACUGUCAGCAUUGUUGAGGCGCCCACCAGCUUCUUCGACCCCCAGAUCAUCUUCCUAUACCUCGUCCUCCUCGGCGCGUUCGGUGGAACUGUGUACUUCAUCUACAACACCUGGAUUUCCACCUUCUUCCCGCAGAAGAAGGGCCGCGGCAAGGGUGGUGAGCGUGCUAAGGCGUCUUCGGGCCAGAGCAAGAAGGUCGACCCUGCCGACCAGGUUUCCGUUGUUGGUGCUGAUGGUCCUGCUGUCACUUCGGGCGCAAAGGCCUACGAUGAGAGCUGGAUUCCAGCCUCGCACCUUCAGCGCCCCGAAGCCAAGCGCGUCCGCAGUGGCCGAGCUUAGAUUCCCUGACCUCAAGUUUGACUUCGUUGGGAUAAUUGGAUAAUACGAACAGCAUGUAACCAUGCGUGCUGUGUGGGUAUGCUUGCAUAUUCAGAUACCUGGGCGCAGUUGCGCGUUACCAGAUACGUUACUGCUUGGGAUGCAGAAGGCUUGGAUAAUGAUUUGGAUGUACUAUAUCGCGACGUCUAAAAGUUGACCGACCUUGUACGAUAGGAAAAGAAAUG